UUCGAUGACUGUUUUUAAAUAAAUGUGCAAAUUCUUUGCUAAUAAUAAAUUGUAAUCAAUUAACUUGUCAAUCGCAAUUCUGGAUGCACCUGGCGACGCGGACAUGAUCGCCGUCGCAGAACCGCCGCUGGAGUUUGUGCCGCGCGGCCGUCAGACGUCCGCGGAGCAUCCGGGUCCACAUGACCAGCCAAUGGCGCGCCACCAACUACCGACCACGGAGCAUCUGUUGCUGCAGCGCCUCCAGAAUGUGAACAUCUCGUCGGCCGGCGAGGACUGCACUCCGGGCGGUCAGGAGUCGUGGACGGUCCGAGAGCUGUACGAUGACUACGAGGCAUCCGAGGAGCGCGCCGCCCUGCGAUGCAAGUUGACCGAGCGGACCAAGCGAUGUGGUCCCCAGGCCACGACGCUGCCGAACAGACUGCUCAAUCCGCCGCUGAUGCGGCGCGUGGAGCCAAUGUGCGACUAUAUGGUUAACAACGAGGAGGAGCUCUACGUGAACCGGAACACGGUGGUGUGGACACAGGGCGUCAACGAUGACGAUGACACCGACAACGGGGUGUACCGGCGCAUGUGUUUCACCACCGAUACGCCGGUGCGCUUCGCCUGCUUUCUAAAACGCAGUUUUGUGCGCGGACGACUGGCACAGCUAAAGGCGGCUGUCGACCCGAAUGACGACCAUCUGACCGCCAUCUGUGUGAUGGAUCAGGACGCCCUGCGGGUGUACUGCAGCAACGGCGAGGACUUCCUGGCCAAUCUGGACUUUCCCGUGUCACAGCUGUGGCAAACGAAGUAUGGCCUGCUGCUGGAAAAGGACUCCAGCAAUGCCUUGAUAUCUCACAUGUCCAUCCCGAUGCCGCGUCUCUUCUCCAUGUCGCAUCCGCUGCACGAGGCCUGUCCCGUCGUCCUGAAGACGUCCACCGGCUCCACCGGCUACAUGACCGAACCGGAGUACACUGUGGUCUUCACCACCGAGGAUUCGGACUUGGUUAUGCUGUACGAUGCCAAGUUCUGUAAGCAUUUCGUUGCACGCCUGCGUAAGGUAACGCCCGAAGAGGUCAACUAUGUGAGUCAGCAGAUGGAGCUGGGACAGACGCUAAUGGGACCCAGGUCGAUGGCAGGCAAUAGCUUCAGUUCCACCAAGCAAACUGGAGCCACACCAAAAGCAACGAACUUCUCGUUCGCGGCCAGGACUACCAACACCACCACCAUGGGCAUGGGCAACCAGUUCGGACUCAGCCAGUCGCAGUCGUUCAGCGGAGUUCUUGGCCAGUCGAAUCGCGCCUCCCUGGGCACUCCAUUGAGCCAACUGCAGAACAGCAUUAGCCAGCAGUCCAUGUCCGUGAAGGAUAUGCGCAAGUUAACGCACGUAAAGCCGGCAAAGCCCAUUGAGCCGGAAUUGUGCAUGGAGCACAUCUGGACGGAGAACACCUACGGAACUCAACGAGAAUUCUGCGAGAUGGCCACCCGAGCAUUUAUCCACACGGAUUUGGUGGGUCAGACCUUUCUGUGCUACCUGCUGUCCCGCUCGUGCCGCCUUCAGUUGGUCCGCCUCACUGGCUACGAAAGUGGCGAGUUGCACCUCUCCACGUUCGCCUCCACGCUGGCCGCCAAAGAUGCAGUGGGUCUCCAGAGAAUGCACAUGAUUGCCGUCCUCGAUCCGAGUGGCAGCUUACUUCUAUACACAGGCACCGUGCUUAUAUCCAAGGUGCACAUCACGCCGUUUUUGGCGCCUACCCCCAUUCCCACACCGCUGGUAACGCCCAUGGCUGCUGCGGCAUCUCCGUCGGCUCCGUCGGCCUCGCCUGCUCCGUCUCAUGUCAAAACACCAAUGUCAGCUGCUGCACCUGCAAGCGGCAUUCCGUCCGGCAGCAGUUCUUUCGUGGAGGUGCGAAGGAGCAGCCUACUGCCCACAAAAGCGCCGGGGGAUGUGGCUGCCUUCGAAGAGGAGCUGCACAUGCUGUCGCCCAUCCAACCGCAGCCGGUGUCCUACACACAGCGGCAGGCGCACAAUGUCUGCAAAUCGCUGAGAGAUCCGGCAGGCAAUCGAUUGACUUUGGUUUAUGCCACCGGCAGAAUGCUCAGAAUAGCGCUGCCAUUUCUAAAUGACACACGAUUGCUUACCAGAUGUGUGGCUACGCUACGGCAGGUUCUAAGUCCGACCCAGUUCCUGGACUUUGUUAUCCGUUGGUAUAGCGACAGGAAUCCGCCGGGAUCGAGGAAUUACUCCAUAGAGCAGGAAUGGCUGCUAUUCCGGUCCACACUGCUCGCCCUAAUGGGUCUGACUGCUGCACCGGAUGUGGAUGCGGGCGAGAACUACGCUAGAUGUGCCACGCCACCGCUGCACACUCAAUUUGGAGGCGGCGCUACUGCGGCGGAAUCGAGUAACGGUUCUAGUUGCAGCUCCAGUUCCACACUGGGCGGCCAGGAUGAGCCGAAGAAACGGCGAAUAUACAAUGAUUGCGAUGAUUUCACGGACGACGACUGGGAGUUCCUGCUGCUCCAGACGACACUGGCUCCCUGCGGAGCCGAUGGCCACAGCUACAGCGUGAACAUCGGUGCGCUGCUCUUCCAAAUGAUCCCCGCCAUCUUCUUCAGCUUGCAUUUACUGUACGAGGAUCUCAAACUGGACGCUGACUUCUAUGGAGCGCUUCCAUAUCUGGCAACGUUCCUACACCAGCUGGCCAUCGAUAUGCAGCUGGAAAGCUAUGUGCUGCACUACAUACUGGACUUCCCGGAACUCUCGAAUCGCACGGGCAAGCUCUCGUUGCUGGGAGCUGAUCACGGGGCUAUGAUGCUGCACCAGGAGCUUCUGAGGGUUCCGGCACCCAGUGUGUUUGCCCAACUCGAGCACAUUAUCGUCGGCGAGGAGGAGGUGAUGCCUUACACCUUCUUGGAGUGCGUUAACGAGAGGAGUCGCAUUUUACUGCAGCUCGUAUCGCUGGUGGCUCAUGGGCAUGAGCGUCUGAAUUACUGGUGGCAGCUGCUCGAGAUCCCCGGCGCCGUUCAGGCAAACUUUACGCGGUGUUCUAAGCGCAAUAUCACGGCGGAUGCUCCGCGUAGCCAUCAGAUGUUACAGCUGCUGCUGGCCAUGCGCUUGACACGGCGAGACAUUGAAAGAUUCCCGGCGGCAGUGCAUCUGAUCGUAGCGGAGGCACUGGAGGAGGCUCGCCUAUCGCCGCCCAUGGGCUGCAGCAUGGCCACCUAUGAACUUAUCCUGCGUCCGGAAUUGGCGGCCCACGCUCAACUGCCGUUCCUCGAAACGAGCACUGGGCAACCGCACUGUGGCCGAGUCUACAAGGAAGAUUCCCUGUCAGCGAGGUGUCCGCCGACCGGCGGAUUAGAAACUGAUGCACCGGCCCAAUUGCGACGCGAUGACAUGGACAACAUGGACACAAAACUGCUGCGUCUGCGUUUUCCCGAUGACAUGCGGGUGGAUGAAGUGCGUCGUCUGCUCAACAGCUCGGAACCGGUGGUCAUUGAAGUGCAGCAGGCACCGGGAACCAGCGAUCACGAGUUCAUUGAGGAGCAGGAGAAGCAACUGUUUGCACUAUGUGCGCGGACAAUGACACUGCCCCUGGGCAGAGGUAUGUUCACCCUGAGAACGAUGUUGCCGCGGCCCAGCGAAAGCUUGGUCAUGCCCAAAUUGUGCCUGUUGGGCAAGGAGCCGGUGAAAGGCACCACCAUCGAAAUGCAGCAGAUCGAGUUCCCAGCCAAUAUGCAAAUGUGGCCAUCGUUUCACAAUGGCGUGGCCACUGGCCUGAAGAUCUCGCCCCAGGCUCAGGACGUUGACUCCAAUUGGAUUGUCUACAACAAGCCCAAAACGCAUUCGCACAAUGCCCUGGAGCACGCUGGCUUCCUCAUGGCCCUGGGCUUGAAUGGUCACCUAAGGACACUGUCCUUCAUGAGUGUCUAUAAGUAUUUGGUUAAAUGCGAUGAGAUGACCAACGUGGGUCUGCUGCUGGGCAUUUCCGCCGCCCAUCGCGGCACCAUGGAUACGAAAACCACAAAGUUGUUGAGCGUUCACUUGGAGGCACUGCUGCCAGCCACCGCCAUGGAGUUGGAUAUACCGCAAAGCACACAGGUGGCUGCUAUAAUGGGCAUCGGUUUGCUCUAUCAAGGAUCAGCUAAGCGCCACAUAGCCGAGGUGCUGCUCCAGGAGAUUGGCCGUCCUCCAGGCCCAGAGAUGGAGAACAGCAUUGAGCGCGAAUCGUAUGCCAUGACAGCUGGACUAUCCCUCGGAUUGGUUACCCUCGGUCAGGGUGAAUCGCCGGCGGGCCUCAGGGACCUCCAACUGCCGGAUACACUGCACUACUACAUGGUCGGUGGAGUGAAGAGACCCAUCAGCGGCUCCCAGAAGGAGAAAUACCGACUAGCCUCGUUCCAAGUUCGUGAAGGCGAUACCGUUAACAUAGAUGUCACUGCUCCGGGUGCAACGCUCGCAUUGGGACUCAUGUUCUUCAACUCGGGGAACGCGGCUAUUGCCGAAUGGAUGCAGCCGCCAGACUCGCGAUAUCUACUGGACAUGGUGCGACCUGAUUUUCUUCUGUUGCGCACUAUUUCCCGGGGCCUCAUCCAGUGGGAGAAUGUCCAGCCGAACAACGCGUGGUUCCAGGCACAGUUUCCGCGAGCACUUCGAGCUCACCUGAAACUCCCGUUCUACGAAAAUGAGUAUGCCCCCGAGGAUCAUGACGUGGACUACGAGGCCAUCUCGCAAGCCUAUUGCAACAUCAUGGCUGGAGCUGCCUUCUGCAUUGGUCUCAAGUACGCCGGCACUGAGAAUAUGGUGGCCUUUGCCACGCUGCGGUCCGUGAUCAAGGAUUUCCUGCGCUUCCCCAGCAGGCCGAUGGGCGAAUGUGCCGGCCGCACCACCGUGGAGAGCUGCCUGAUGGUGCUGCUCAUCUCGAUCUCGCUAGUGUUCGCCGGCUCAGGCAACUGCGAAAUUCUUCGCAUAAUUCGCUUUCUCAGGUCGCGAGUGGGACCACAAUAUCCGCACAUAACCUACGGCUCCCACAUGGCCAUACACAUGUCGCUGGGCCUGCUAUUCCUCGGCGCGGGUCGCUUCACCAUUUCCCAGACACCGGAGUCGGUUGCUGCACUGGUCUGCGCCUUCUUCCCCAAGUUUCCCAUACACAGCAACGACAAUCGAUACCAUCUGCAAGCGCUGAGACAUCUCUAUGUACUGGCUGUGGAGCCGCGCCUGUUCCUUCCCCGGGACAUUGACACCAAUAAGCUGUGUCUGGCCAACAUAUCCGUGCUGGAGGUGGGUGCCACCGAGCUGCGCCGCCUGCCCAUCGCUCCCUGCAUCCUGCCAGUGCUGAGCAGCCUGCAGCAGGUGGUGGUGGACGACGAGAACUAUUGGCCAGUGUGCUUCGAGCGAUCGCGCAACUGGCAUCAGCUGGAAAGGGCGCUGGAGAUGAGUGCACCGAUUGAUAUUAAGAAGCGAACAGGCUGCCUUUCCCACUUGGAGGACCCGGACAGGUUGAAGAGCAUGCUGGCCCAAACAUUGACGAUGGAACAGAGCAUCUGUUGGCAGAUCGACAUGAACGACCUGCAGCAGUUCGCCAGCGAACGCAUGGUGAAGCAGUUCCUCAGUCGCUGCCUGGACACCAACGGCACGGAUUUGAGUCCCCCGGAGCUGAUGAAGCGACACCAGGUGAUGCUGCUAUUCUACAAUGCCGUGGUCAAGGAUCGCAUGCAUUUCCUGCCGGUUUACCUAACACUAUACGAUCACGUAACCAAGUCCAUGCCGAACAACAUCGAUGUGUGGCAGAUGAAGCUCAUCGAUGCCUAUUUGAGUCGCAGCCAGGAGUCCCAGCAUCCGCUCAUCUCCGUGGAGCUCAUCCAGAUGAUGCAAGAGCUCUUCAAGCAGGAAAUGGAGGACUCGACGCGCGAGUUGUGCCUACCGCUGCGCGAGUUCCUCAGUCGAAGGCGUCUGGAUCCCAGCUAUGUGACCACCGUCAGUGGACCGGACUUGCAGCGCGCUUUCUGCGUGAUCAAUUACUACAAUCUGUUGCCGAAUAUGUUGAAUGGAGUGGACUUGAGCACGGGCACAGUUAACUACUUGCGUCUUAUGUACGAAUUCCGCCGACUGAAUCUCGGCGCGCACACCAUCUUUGGCCUAAUGAAGAUUCUGCAGUCACUGGCCACCGAGGUGGUGACUCUGGAUGAGGCAGCCCUUCUGGCGUACACCAUGGGCGACCAGUGAUGCCCGAUGGAAAUUCUUUUUUGCUAGACCUGGAACAUUUCUUCUGACGUCUGCGAUUCAUAUUGUACAUUCAUAUCUAAAUUACAUUAUUGCACAUUAUUUCUAAAUUUCGCCGCCACUUGUAAUCGAAACUUUGCAUAAAAGUUUGCUGCUGUAUUCUUGAAAUUAUAUUGUUAUACAAUCAUGUCGAAACGUUUUGGAUAUAAAUAUUUGAAUGCAUGUUUAACGAUAUGAACUAGCACAAAAAUUGUAUAAAAUAUAUUUACAAAUAAAUAGUCCAUAACGUUUGCAAAAAUUAA